AUGGUGCUCGCUUCUUUGCGCAACUUGCGAUCACAGUGGUUUCCGCCAGCGCCCACGUUCACCGAGGACAAUGUUCCGCCGCAAGAUGGCCGCGUCUUCAUCGUCACCGGGGGCAACGCGGGUGUCGGCUUCGAACUUGUGAAGAUGCUCUACACCACGGGCGCUACCAUCUACAUGGCGUCAAGAUCCAAGGAACGAGCCGAAAAGGCCAUCGAGACAAUCACCACCGCCUCACCAGCCCCCAAAAGCCCCGGACGCAUCAAGAUGCUCCUCUUCGACCUUAACGACCUCGAAAGCGUAAAGUCCGCCGCGGCAUCCUUCGCGCAGCAGGAAACGAAACUCGACGUCCUCUGGAACAACGCCGGCACCGGCGGCUACGGCGUGGAACCCGGCGCGACAACAGUACAAGGCUUCCAGGCCAUGGUCGGAAUGCACUGCAUCGCCGCCCAGCUCUUCACGCACCUCCUCAUCCCCCACCUCCGCGCAGCCGCCACAACGGCCCCCAAGGGCUCGGUGCGCGUCGUCUGGACAUCCAGCUUCCUCGGCGAAGGCGGCACGCCCACCAACGGCAUCGACUUCGACACCCUGGAAAGCGGCACCCCAGACCUCGUGCAGAACUACGCCGUCUCGAAGCUUGGGAACUGGAUGCUCGGCCGCGAGAUGGCGGUGAGGUACAGGGCCGACGGCAUCGUCAGCGUGGCGCAGAAUCCGGGGAACAUCGGGGCGGGGUCGUACGCGGGGACGCCGGGGUGGGUCAUGAUGCUGAUCGGGCCGCUGAUGUAUGAGACCAAGCUGGGCGGGUGCACGGAGCUGUAUGCCGGGUUGUCGCCGGAGGUGUCGUUGGAGAAGUCGGGGUGUUAUGUUAUUCCCUUUGGCCGGAUUCGGGCGGAUGAGGAUUGUCCGAGGAAGGAUCUUCUCAACGCUAUGAAAUCUGAGGCUGAGGGCGGGUUGGGGUAUGCUGCGAGGUUUUGGGACUGGUGUGAGGAGCAGUGGAGGCCGUUUGUUUAG